CGGAGGUGUGAGGGUGUCUCCGGUUGAAAGGAUGGCAGAAGUCGCGCCGGCAGCGCCCGUGGCGGCGGCUCCGGCUUCCAAGGCGGCGGCGAGGAGAGCGGCGGGCGCUUCUUCGAAGGCGGCGCGGAAGCCGGCCGGUCCCAGCGUGACGGAGCUGCUGAUGCAGGCGGUGACGGCUUCCAAGGAACGCGGCGGCAUCUCUUUGGCCGCGCUGAAGAAAUCUCUGGCGGCGUCCGGCUACGACGUGGAGAAGAACAACAGCCGCAUCAAGCUGGGGCUGAAGAGCCUGGUGACCAAGGGGACGCUGCUGCAGACGAAGGGCACGGGAGCCUCGGGCUCCUUCAAGCUCAACAAGAAGCAGGCCGACCCCAAGGACAAGGCGGCCCGCAAGAAGCAGCAGCAGCCGGCGGGAGCCAAGAGCGCCAAGAAACCCACCGGCGCCGCCAAGAAGGCGAAAAAAGCACCGGUUGCCGCCGGGGCGAAGAAACCCGCCAAGAAGGCGGUGAAGAAAACAGCCUCCAAGGGCGUCAAGAAGCCUAAAGCGGCGGCAGCGAAGGCUAAAAAAGCGGUCAAAAGCCCCGCCAAAGCCAGGGCGGCCAAGCCGAAAGCGAAGCCCAAGACUCCCAAAGCGAAAGUGGCGAAGCCCAAGAAAGGCGUGGUGAAGAAGUGAGCUCUCGCUCUCGUUCUCUCUCUCUCUCGCCUCAGGUGCGAGUCUUCGUUUGCUUUGCCACAAAACCCCAAAGGCUCUUUUAAGAGCCACCCACAGAAACGUUAAAAAGAUGCUGUCACUAAAAACAACGGGACUACCUCGCAGGGCUGUUGUUUGGAAAGGGAGGGAAAGUGGUGCGGCCGCCGCCAUUUUAAAUCUCUUGCCGAGGGUGAUAAAAACGAGCGAUUUGUAAAUCAAGGCAAAACAAAAAAAGCAUUUAGGAAAAUGGUGUUUUUUGUUUUUUUUUUUAGAUUUAGCCAAAAGCUUGGGGACUUUGGGCCAAUCAUUCUCGGCCCCCAAGCCACCAUAACAAGAUGGAUGACUUGGGAAAAUUUAAACCCAAGUUCGCUGCCUUGGGUUAAAUUUAUAAAGAAAAAUUAAAGCAUAUAAAUAAAAACACGGAGAGGGGAGAGUCUUUUGCAAACGAUUCAUCAUGUGAAACGUCAGAAAACGAUAAAAAAAGUUUUAUUGAUUUAAGGCCACAAGUGGUGAAUUGAUGAGUUACGUUCCUCCUUCCAGCUGGGUUUUAAAUCUUGCAACUUUGGGGUGAGUCGAAGCUUUUCAGAAUACUUGGCUGAAAAGGCAGCUUUUGCAUAUUUUUUAAAAAAAGUUGGAAUUUGGCUUAAAAAUUCCAUUUGGCUCGUGGGCUUUCAAAAAGGAGGCGGCUAACGAAGCCUAAAAGAUCCCAAUAAUGGCACAAUAAACAAACAGUAACAGAGUUGGAAGGGAUCUUAAGAGGUCAUCUAGUCCAACCCCGUGCUCCCGCAGGAGACCUAUGCUAGGGAUUCGAACCGCCGACAAGCUCAAUAUUCAAGCCAGCGGGCAAAAUAACUUACCUAAUACUUUUCGGGUAGCCAUCACAUAU